UGCCCAGUUGUGGAAAGGAUUAUAUUGGAUGCGCAUAACCGUGGAUUAUCAUUUCAUGUGCAUGUUCUGGAUUCACCCAUAGAGGGAAAAGGCAAGCAGCUAUUAGAAACAUUAUGCAGUCGGGGUAUAAAAUGCAGCUACGGUAUGUUAGCAUCAAUUGGCUAUGUAAUCCGGGAGUGUCAGUUGGUUCUGCUGGGUUGCUCGGCAAUUUUAUCUCAUGGCUGUGCAGUAGCCGAGCGAGGUACCAGUCAGGUGGCUUUAGUCGCAUCCGCUUCCAAUAUUCCAGUGCUGGUGGCCGCACAAACUUGCAAAUUUGUUGAUCGAGUAAUUUUAAUGCAAAUUACAGUUCUGGUACCUUUACAGGUGCAAUCUUUUUUGCAUGGUGUGCACGAAGUGAGUGCACUGGUUGGUGAAAGACAGGAAGCGGUGCCAGCUGAACUAAUCACUGCACUGGUCACCGAGCUCCGGAUUCUGCCACCAAGUUCAGCACCGGCUGUGCUGAAGGCUAAGCAAUUGGCAGUCGAUUCCUAA